AUGGAUUCACACAUGCAGGUGUAUCAUCCGAAUACCUCUGAAGAAGGCUUAUUCAAGGUGACAACUCCUAUACCAGAGUCGAUAACCUGCGAGAAAUGUCAGAUGACGUUCAGAACGAAAUAUCAACUAGCUGUUCACUGUAUUAGCUUUCACGGAAACCUUUCAUGCAACUCGUUUAUUGUUCAGACGUCGUUCAAUAGCUGGGCGCAGUUCCAGCCAUGGCUGGAGAAGAUGGAAAAAAAUACGAAGAGUGUGCUAGUCAAAAGUGCAAUGCAAUCGUUUGGGCAGAAAAUUAUUCAUUCGCAUGACUGCCAGUUCGACAAAGCUGUAAUGAGCAAGUCUUCCGAAACUAGUAAAGAUAAACUGAAGAAUUGCCCAGCGUUCGUAAAGGUAGUAGAAAAUGAAGAUGGAGUUUUAGACUGUGUGGGAUUUUUCGAUCAUCUUGGCCAUAGUGAAGAAUCGCUGGUGAGUCUUAUUUGUGGUCCCGAAAAUUGUGAUCCAACCCGAGAAUGUAGUGAGUGUGGUGAAGGACCAAUGACUCCAGUAGAGAUGAAUAUACAUUGGCGGGAAGUUCACGGAUGCUCGAAUAUAAAAGACUGUGAGAAAGUCAAGGAUUUCUACUAUAGUUGUGAACCGUGUAGAUUUCAUUGCUUCACCCCAACUCUCAUGGAUUCACACAUGCAGGUGUAUCAUCCGAAUACCUCUGAAGAAGGCUUAUUCAAGGUGACAACUCCUAUACCAGAGUCGAUAACCUGCGAGAAAUGUCAGAUGACGUUCAGAACGAAAUAUCAACUAGCUGUUCACUGUAUUAGCUUUCACGGAAACCUUUCAUGCAACUCGUUUAUUGUUCAGACGUCGUUCAAUAGCUGGGCGCAGUUCCAGGUAGGUUUCUUGCUUCUGCGUCCGAAAUAG